UUGAUUAUCAAAGGAACAACUGCAUUAUUAAAUGGAACUCAGCUUUCUUCUCAGUUGCUCACGCCACCAAUUUUAAGGUUUAUCUGUAACAUUUUGUUUUCGGAAUGUCAAAGGUCAACAGUGUUAAUCUUGAUAAAUUUGUAAAGGAAUUCGCCAUAGUCGAACAGAAUAUGACCGAAUUAAAUGGUAGAAACAACCUGCUGAAGAGCAAGCUAGACGAUGCCAAUAAACUCGUGAAAUUCUAUGAGAUCAAGGAGAAACGUUUGACCGAAGAACGAGACACUCUGUUAGUCACAGUGAACACCCUGCAGCAGACUCUGCAGGAGCAGUGCAACCUCAGAGUGGAGAAUGAGUCAUUGAAGAUGAAUAUGGCCGACCUAAGAAAACAGAUUGAAAGAACAGCAGAGGAUGGGGAGGCUGAGAUCCUGCGACUGCACAGUGAAAUGAAAGCACAGAGACAGAGCCACGGGAGGGCGCUAGAGUCAGUCAUGCAGCAGUGCAGGAAGCAGGUGGAAGAUGCCCACACCCAGGCCGGCAAUCAAUUGAAAGCUAAAGAGGCCGAAGUGAACGCGUUACUGGAGCAAAAAGACCUGGAUCUGGAGGAGAUGAAGAAGACGCUCAAGGACCAGGAGAGAAAACAGCAAAGCGAGUUGUUGAAGUUGCAAAUGGAGUUCGGUGCAAAGUUAAGCAGAAUGCAAAACACAGCUCAGUGUAACCAGCAACAGCAGCAGAAACAACAUGAACUCAACAACACGGCACAUAAUUUCUUCAAGCGGAAGCUGCAGUUCAUCCAGGAAGAGAAGACCAAGCAGAUUGAGGCUCUGCGUCAGAGAAUCAAAGAGCUGGAAGAUACCCAGCGUGUUGGCAGCCUCAAUGACAACCGUUUGAAGAAAAGAAGGACCUAGUUUGUUUUAAAGCUAAG